GAGCCCGCUUGCCUCCUCGCAUCAUCUCAUACUCUACGAGCAUUAAGCUAUCGCGUCGAGCAGCUCGCGGCCUCCGACGCAUCAUGUCAAAAGAGGCGAAACUCCCUCAUGAGCUCUUAGACGGCAUCCUGGGCCAUCUAUACGCCGAUCGCGAUAUCCCAUCGCUGGCGACCUGCGCGCUUGCUCAUAGGUCUCUCUACUACAUAAGUCAGGCGCUCCUCUUCCGUGAUAUCCUUGUGGAGGAUGUCAACACUGCUGUAUGCCUUGGCCACGCUCUACGAGACUAUCCACAUCUCCGCGCUUACGUGCACGUCCUUCGUUUCGUGGAAACAUUCGAUGGUCCGUGGGUGUGGGAGAAGGAAGUGCUUGCUGGGAUCCUUGACAGGGCUCAGCGUGUGGAAGAACUGCAUAUACAUGCAACAUACCCUAAAAUCACCAAGCUUAACAGGGAAACGCAUACUGCUUUUAUAGAGGCGACGGCGCGCCCAUCGCUGCGUUCCGUGACGAUUGGCCUUACCAUCAUUUCCCCACAUUCAACGGCAAGCCUAGCGCUUCCUCCUCAAUUGCGCGACCUACGCCUAAGCUGGACGCUCCCUGACAGCUGGGAAGGACAGCAUAUCCAGCAGCCGGCUGGACUCGCGAGCCUUACCGUGUUCUUGAAGGGCACUGACUUCCUGCGGUUUUUCACAAAUGAAAAGUGCUUGCUCACGGAUAGUCGUCUGCGCAGCCUCCGACUGAAUGUAUACAUAGUCAGCCAACGAGAUCGCGCCGAAGCAUGGCAUUCCCGGGUAGCAGCCUUCAAUAUGGUCUCUCGGUGCGCAGACUCGCUGCAGAGCUUGGAGCUCGGUUGCAGGAUGGAAGUCCGCGCGCUCUUCCCAGGGAUGAAGGAGAAGGCGAUCUCGCUGCCUCAACUGCGUCUUCUCGCCUUGCGCGACGUAGACCUGCUUCUGAGAGGCGCAGAUCAAAGGACUGCUUUAUCAACGCUGCUUGCGCUUAUUUUCACUAUUGCGCCCAAUGUCACGCACGUAGCCAUCCACUUCGACCCACAGCUGCGUCUUGUCACAUCCGCUUCCAUACUGGCGCAGUUAGCGGACUUACUUGACGGCGAGCACGCACCCCGUGCGCUCAGGUCAGUCAAAGUGCUUGUCCUCAACGCAGGAUCAGCGGUAUACUCCUGCCUGGAGAGACCGCAGGGACUCGUGAAGGCUUUGUCGAUGAAGAAGGUGGAUAUCGAGAUUGAGCCGUCCAAGCCGCGCUCGGUUGGCGAAGUCCACCCCCCUUUAUUGCCCUUGAGCCUUAUCGACGAGGCGGAGUAUUAGUUGGUCGAUGUUCUCGCAUAAGUCCGAAGGUCUACUCACAGCCGCAUCCAUCCAUAUCUCGGGCGAGUACGGGCUCGAAUGACAUCGAAUGGUGGAUCAUCCCACUCCCCCGCCCGAGUCGCAGACUGCCAGUGGCGCGUCGAACAAUAGACGGCCCGGCGGUCGCGCCAGACCUUUCGAAUUCCCGUUCCGCAGGCA